GCUGGCUGUCGUGAACUCUUUCAUAAUAGGAGGCCUUUGGUCGCAUAGCAACAGCGAAUGCCAUUCUGUCCUGCCAUGUCUAAGCCCCUCCCUCCUUGCAAAGGUCCUGCUAGGGAUAAGGUAACCAAAUGCUCUCUCCAGUAAACUUAGCCUUGUAACAUUAACACAGGCCUGAGCUGGACCUUGAACCGUGGAGUGAUGUAUGCAGAGGCGUGUUAGAAUGAGUCUAGUCUGAUUGCCCAAAGGUGAUGGAAGCCAGCACUGAGAAUAUUUGUUAGGCAAGGAAUCACUGCUACAAGUUCAGGGGGCUCUGAGAGCAAGAGCCCACACUUUAGCAGUGUGUUCGUGAUGCUCUGACGAGUCGACUCUGAAUUGGGGGCUGGUAGAUGAAUAUGUGAGGAAUAUGCACAGAGUUAUGCGUUUGGUCUAGUCUGAGACUUUUCCAUACCACUGAAGGGAUCAAUUCCAUGAGAAAGGGUCUUGACACGGGGAAGAGAAUUGUGGAACAUAGCUGGUGUUUUGCUUUGGCUGAUGCGUAAAGGCUUACCACAAGAGAAAGUAAACAGUCAAACCAUAGAUGUUUGGGCCUUGAAGUCAGCUCCUCUGAACUUAAAACCACUCCGACAGCCAAAGGCAUGGAGGUUCCCCUUAGCUCUAUGCACCUCUCAUCGUUUGCAGAGGACCAAAAUGGAAAUGACAUUACUUGCCUUAGUAACCCUUCAUCUGAUUCACCAAGGGACAGCAGAAGUCAUGGCAAGACAAACAGCCCUGCUGAUGUAGAGAUGACCAGGGACUGUGUCAGUGAGUUGUUUUCAACUACAAGCAUAAUUAAUAAAGUGGAUGUACACUCAGACUUGGCCACUGUCAGCUGUAUGAAAACUGCAGACGACAACUGUAACCAGAAUGUGACUUUUAUGGUCUCGGGCCUACAAAAUGGCAAUAUUGAUUCUGAAAGUACCAGGUUAGAUGUCCAUGGUCUCCUUGUAACAAAAUGUGAUGACAUUUCAAAGAUGUGCGUAAACACCGAUGCGCAACAAGCUUUUGUCAUAGGAUCAGUUACUUCGUCACGCUCUAGCACCAGUGAGAACUACACCUCUGUGAGCUCUGGUGAGAUGCUAAUUAGGAGCAAAAGUUUUAUCAUUCAUGAGUCUGAUCAACUACUCAGUGCCUCAGUCUUGGAGGAAUCAUCAGAUAUGCCUUCUGAUCUUGGCCUGAUUCCUGGCUUGCUGCCUGAUGUCUGUGAGGGUCUUGUUAAUAACAUGGUCAGUGCUUCAGGACAAAACGGCAAACAUCCUGACUUUGGACUCACCUUCAUCCAGCCAAGCAAUCAGACAUUCACAAUGGAAGAGGAUGUCUUUCAAACAAUUCCUCAUAAUGCACCUGGGGAAAGCAGACCAUCACAUUUGGUUGCAGGAGAUAAUCAUACUGAAUGUGUCACACCAGUUAAUCUGAAAAAAAGUAAUUUUGAAGCUGAAAGAUCCACUCGCUCCACGUCGGCUGAUGGAAAAACAUUCCAAUUUCCAACCUCUGAGGAGCUAGACAUCAGUGGUAAUGCCCAGACGUCUACUCCUGUUCAGUAUAUGUGCUCUAAAACAUUUUGCUUUUCAGACUCUCCUCUUAACAAGAGUAAGAGUGAUUUUGGGAGUCCAUUGGUCCAAGUCAUGAAGGAACAGCAAAGUUGUCAGAAGUUGUCAGAACAGCAAAGUUGUCAGAAACCUGAAACUUCAUUGACUGCAUCCACUAAAAGUAAUAAGUCAGAAACUAAGAAGUAUGUCAAGCCUGACUUCAGUAAUAUAAAAUCUAAAAUAAUGUCUAGACCCACGAGUGCCUUAAAGCAGUCAAGUGCAACUGUUGUCAGUGCUUCAUCGAAUAUAAGACUGCACAAAAAACAGACUAGACCUUCCCAUUCCAUGCAAAGCAUAGCAUCUCCUACCAGAUCUACCUCUGCAAUUUCUUCCAGCUCCACUCUCCCAUGUGGUAGCCAUAAGAUGGAUCAGAACAAUGUGAUUAAAAGAACUCACUCAUCCACUUUUCAAGAUACUUCAUCUGCUCCAAAGUCCCGGGUUCGCACAUGGUCUGAGGCUUCCAGCACAUCAAAAACGAAUGGAGAAAACAUGACUGUAAAGGAGUCUCAGGUCGGUAGGAUCGUAAACACCUUCCCUAAUGCAAAAAGCUCAUCUGUAGGAGGUUUUCUGAGUCUAACUAGCCUGACCAAUCUUGGAGACAGACAUGCUUCUUUUAGAGAUGAAAAAUGUCUCAAGAAACCACAGAAAACAAGUACAAACGUGAGUGUCUUUGAGUAA